AUGGGGCGCUCAGCUGUCCUCCUGGCCCUGGCUCUGGCCACCCUCCUGGCUGCAGGGGCAGGGGUUCCGCUCGGCAGGAAGGGCUCCCGGAAUAAGCUGCUGCUGGUGUCCUUUGAUGGUUUCCGCUGGAACUACGACCAGGACGUACAAACCCCCAACCUGGAUGCCAUGGCGCUCGACGGAGUGAAGGCCCACUACAUGACACCAGCCUUUGUCACCAUGACCAGCCCCUGCCACUUCACCCUGGUCACUGGCAAAUACAUCGAGAACCACGGAGUGGUUCACAACAUGUACUACAAUACCACCAGCAAGGUGAAGCUGCCCUACCAUGCCACGCUGGGCAUCCAGACGUGGUGGGACUAUGGCAGCAUACCCAUUUGGAUCACAGCCCAACGGCAGGGCUUGAAGACUGGCUCCUUCUUCUACCCUGGCGGGAACGUCACCUAUGAAGGCAUGGCCGUGACACUGAGCCGGAAGGAAGGCGUUCUGCACAACUACAAAGAUGAGGCGGAGUGGAGGGCCAACAUCGACACGGUGAUGAAGUGGUUCACCGAGGAGGGCCUGGACCUGGUCACGCUCUACUUUGGGGAGCCAGACUCCACGGGCCACAAGUAUGGCCCCGAGUCCCAGCAGAGGAAGGAGAUGGUGAUGCAGGUGGACAGGACGGUGGGCUACCUUCGGGACAGCAUCAGCAGGAGCGGCCUGGAGGGCAGCCUCAACCUGAUCAUCACGUCCGACCACGGCAUGACCACUGUCAACAAGCAGGCCCCGGACCUGGUGGAGUUCCAUGCGUUCCCCAAUUUCACCUUCAAGGACAUCGAGUUUGAGCUCCUGGACUAUGGGCCCAACGGGAUGCUGCUCCCCAAGGAAGGGAUGUUGGACAAGGUGUAUGAGGUCCUCAAGGAUGCCCACCCCAAACUCCACGUCUACAAGAAGGAGUCCUUCCCUACAUCCCUCCACUAUGCCAACAACCCCAGGAUCACCCCCCUGCUCAUGUACAGUGACCCUGGCUACGUCAUCCAUGGGAGACUGAGCGUGCAGUUCAACAAGGGAGAGCACGGUUUCCACAACGACGUCAUGGACAUGAAGACCAUCUUCCGGGCCGUGGGCCCCAGCUUCAAGAGGGGCCUGGAGGUGGAGCCCUUCGAGAGCAUCCAUGUGUACGAGCUCAUGUGCCAUCUGCUGGGCAUCAUGCCCGAGGCCAACGACGGGCUCCUGAGCACUCUGCUGCCCACGCUCCAGGGAACCUCAGGCUCUGCCCUCCUGCCAAGUGGCCAGCCCCUCCCGGUGACGGGACUGCUGGUGGCUGUGAUUCUUCUGGUCAAGGUCGCAUAA